CAGUGAGGAGUAGAAUAAUGCAUGCAUGCAGAAAUACUGUAGGACCUGGAGCCCUCCACGUGUCCCACGACGUCCCCCCCGGGAACCGUCCAGAUCGAGCGAGCGCCACCUAGUUCCCCACCUGUACACAUACUCAUCCACACAACCAAACCCAAUUUAGUCAAAUUUUACCCAAUCGCCAGCGAGAGCUUGCUUUGAUUUGAUCCGCGCGCGGAGAAGACGAAGCGAGAGAGAGAGGGAGAGGUGGAGGAGGCUAGCUAGGGUUGCGAGCGAUCUGCAGCGUGGGAGAUGGGGAAGGGGUUCAUGUCGUACCUGGCGAUGAAGACGGACGCGGCGGGAGGGGAGGCGGCGCAGGCGGCGCUGAUCGACGCCGACCUGCAGGAGCUGGGCGUGGCGGCGCGGAAGCUCGCCAACCACGCGCUCGUCCUCGGCGGCGGCCUCGGGUUCGGCACCACCUUCCUCAAGUGGCUCGCCUUCUUCGCCGCCGUGUACCUCCUGAUAUUGGAUAGGACAAACUGGAAGACCAACAUGCUGACCGCUCUCUUGGUCCCUUACAUUUUCUUUACACUGCCUGGUGGGCUGUUCUCUCUGUUGAGGGGAGAAAUUGGAAAAUGGAUUGCGAUCAUUGCUGUCAUCCUUCGUCUCUUCUUUCCUCGCCAUUUCCCUGAUUGGUUAGAGCUGCCUGGUGCUGUGAUCCUUCUCAUUGCUGUUGCCCCGAACCUGUUUGCGAGCACCUUCCGAGGCGACUUAGUUGGCAUCUUCAUAUGCCUCAUCAUUGGAUGCUACCUGCUUCAAGAGCACAUCAGGGCGUCAGGUGGAUUCAGGAACGCCUUCAGGAAGGGCAACGGAGUGUCCAACAGCAUUGGCAUCCUCUUGCUCUUCAUCUACCCUGUCUGGGCCCUGGUGCUGAACUUUCUGUAGGCGCCACCGCUUCAGCGCUUCUCUACACCAUCCAGCUCCGAUCGCUGUUCGUUCUUGUGUACAUGUCUUGUACGGUGAUUUGGUAUCUGGUGAUCUGGUAGUAUCGUUUUGAGGAGAUGGAUAAUGUAUGUUUGGACCUCCUGCCUCCUGAUGCACGUUUUCUUGGCAUUUUCGUUUGUUGUAGCUUUGCUAUCAGCCCGUGUUUCGUCGUUCUGAGUGUACAAGCGUCAAUAAAUUCAUCUCUGUUGCCUUCUGUAAAUUUAAAGAGCUUUUAUCCAAGUUCUCUUAUGUGAUUAUCCCCACUACUACUUCUGAACAAUAAUGCUAUGCAGUUGUGUGAA